AUGCCUGCGGAGAUCUUGAGUAUAACGGACGGAGACCAGCCAAGGAUGAUACAGAAUCAGCACGGAGAGAAAUCAACCAUCUCUCCUCGAGAAGCGGACAGGGAGAUGGGGCAAAGGAUUUUGAUCUGCCGAGCAAGGGUACCUGUCGAGAGCUGCCGUGAAACUGACAAGAUACACUCAUCAGCUCCAGGGGAAGGGCCUCGGAUCCAAGUUCAGCCUGCCGAGAUUGAUGUCCACUCGGAAAGGACUUUCCAGGAAUUGCGAUCAUCAGAAACUCUACGGGAAGGCUCCCUUGUUAUCCAAGUUCAACCUGCCAAACAGUUUAAUGUAAACUCAGCAGGGACCCUUCAGAGAUGUGGAUCUUCGGCCGCUUCAGAGAAAGCGCCCCGCCUGAUCCAAGUCCAACCUGUUAACCAGGUUAAUCGGAACUCAACAACGGCCUUCCAGGGAUUGAGAUCUUCAAACCCAGGGAGGAGUUAUCUUAGGACCGCCGCAACCGCUCAGAAAACAGAGAGGUGCGCCCACGAGGCUCAUGAGAGGCAGGUUGAGGGGACGCUCGUGGUGGCAUCCAGCCUCGGAGAGGAGGAAUCUCAGAGGGGCGUUCCACAACCGGAGGCAACCCUCGAGAAACAUAUACAUCAGAGUCUUGGCAUCCUGGGCACACAAGUCCUGGAGAGGGGAGAAAACUCACCCAAACCUCAGAUGAGCUUUCCUGAAAGACAAGAGGAGCCAGCCCUUCAAGAGGGUCACUGGGGAAAAGAAAUCAACUCCAGAAUGAAACAUGAAGUUUCUGAAACAGAGUUGGAAGAAGAAUCUCGAAAGAGGCAGCUGAACGCUGCCUUUGUCACGAAGAUCAAGGAUAAAUCCAGUAGAAUGGAUAGCCAUGCGGCGGUACACCACAGCACCGAUGACCAAGAACUCGACAAGGGGACAGUGAGACACCACCAGCCUGUCCCAGACCAGCCACCCUGCCAGCAUCGGACCAUAGCCAGCGAGUCGAUGUCGCUGCCUCCGGCCGUGAAAGAGGCUCUCUCCCUCGGCCAGGAGAGGGGGAGACAGUUGCUGGAAGAGACCCGGCAGUGUAAUCAGAUGAUGAUGAAUUGUCUGGUAAGACAUCGAGAACUCCGGGGUAUCCAUGGACGUGGAGAUCAUUCCAGACCGCAACCAUGGUCUGAGGGAGCUGUCGUAAACACACAACAGCCGUCGGAUAUCGUUGCCUGCGCUGAGAGGGUGGCGGAGGCAAAUGACAGAUUCUGCGAGAACAUCCAGAAUGAGAUGAUAGCUGGGCACAAUGCCUGGAUGGAGCUCAAGCGAAGAAAGGGAAUGUUCUUUGCUGCAAAACACAAACAAGACCAAAAAGAAGGAAGUCGAAGAAAUGCAUUUGAAGAAAAAGUGCCUCACAAAAGGCAAAAGGGAGAUGUCAUGAUGCCUAGUCAACCAAGUGACAUCACUGCAGCGCCACAACCAGAACUCGAUGGUGUAGUCUGGUACCGGGGAAGGCUCGUCAAGCUAUGCUGGCCCCACCCAAGCGAGAAUAUCUCAGAUGCAAAAAGAUCUACGAAGACGCGCAGCAAGACGAAAAAGAAGGAGGAUUCUGGCGAGCCAGUUGCUCUCGGGUAUGUCAAGCCGUUUUCUCCACCCAAUCAAUCAGAUGACGACCUUGACUACAUGUACCGGGCGCAGAUACAGCCAACCAUCAUCAACUCCAUGCUCUGCCGAAAAACUCCGCCACUGAACUCCAACUCGAGGGGAAAUCUGCACAUUCCAAGUGGCAGCAUUUUCAGCCAAGAAUCCCUGCACUUUGACCCUGACUUGACCCCCUCUAAUCCCCUGGUCUGGGCCUACGAGACACUGAGAGAUCCGCGGAAGAGACGCAAACCCCGCCUGAAGAAUUUUCAGAGGGUGGUGGACGCAAGGAGGCACAGGACGAAAGUACGGAAGAUAAAGUAAAAGAGGCUGGGAUCAGACGAGAUUAUCUACGUCACUGAAGAAGAAGAGAGUUAAAGGGCUCAUGCAUCAUUUCUUUAAUGCGAUUCUUGAAAUUACACCUUUGUUUCGCAAUUAAUUUCAUUUUCAGUUUUCAUUUUGUCAUUGUCAAGGGUAUUUUGAUGCUUUUUUGAAUUGUAUGUUAAUACGAUUUGUCAUAUUGAUGAGCAAAAGUGUGAUAUCACUGACUGGGCAGAAACCUCAAUGUACAGCUAUUUCAGCACCAAACGUUGCUAGAAGUUUGAAUAUUUUGCUGUCAGAAUUUCUUUUUGGGAUCGGGAGGUAGGUUGAUUUGUUGUUGUUUCACUAUGUGACGGUAAUUCAAUGAGCAAACUUUUCUCACAAGUUUUUUUUCAACAAGCAAACUUUUUGGUUCACAUUUUGAACAGAAAACCUCUUAAACGAAGAGUGUGUUCCGCAAAUGAAAUCACAGCAACAACGCCCUCAGUUGUCAGGAAAAGCAGGAGCAUUUUAAAUCUUUACAGAUGUGCAUUUUUCCACAGACACAAAUAACCAAAAAGGCGUGUCAAAUAAUGUUCAUACAUUUUUUUUUUAAAUUAGAAAGUUGCACAAAAUAUCCUCCCCAUUAAAAUUCAUGUCAUCGUCCCAUGGUCGAAUGAGCUAGGCUGAAUUUGGUAGUGGUGCAUUUUAGACUUUUAAACUUUUUUGUGUAUUGUGGUAUUCCGUUUGAGGGUCAAAUCACGUACAUAUAUAACCCUAUUGUUACCGUGGUUGAGGGAUUUUCCCAACUAGCCCAACUCGAAGUGAACUUGAAAGAGUCGCACUGUUUCACUUUCCGUGGGGUAAAACCAUAAAGAAAGAAACCGGGGAGCUUUUGUGUUACUGAGGCGCAUUAAAGUUGGCCCCCAAAUGAGCUGUUGGCAAGAUAAUUUACGGUUGACCGUUGGGCAAACUCGACCGUUGGGCAAACUUGACGACCGUUUUCUUUGCCAACUCAACCGUUUGCCUACACGUUCAUGAAGUGCGGCUGGCGCGGUUUUUUCUCUGGGACGAUUUACUUACGUACAGGCCUAGUAUUAUGCGAGGUCAUUCUUUUAAAAAAAUUAAUAGAUCUUUAGUGUAGCAAAAAAAUCCUUUACCCCAUUCAUUGAUCGUGUCCACAA